AUCGAACGUUGGGUGGCAAACUUCGGUUCCUUCUCGAAUAGAUAUACAUAACCUGUCAAAUAUCAGACAACUGUUUUAGAUAGGCUGAUGUACGAGUUCUUCGUAUCGGAUAUACAUCGACUAUGAAAAUAGGGACAUUAAAGUUCUAGAAUUUCAUGAAGAUCCAUGGCUGUUGCAGACAACUGCGUCUAAAUCGUAGGAUACGGCAGCUGAAAUUUUAUGCGAUCGCGUGAUCACGCCUCCUCCACGAGUUUUCACGAGUCUUGACUCGAAUGCAACGGAAUGUCUGAAUAUAAUAAUCAAAGAAUGUUUCUCGCGAUGGACGAGAAAGUAGAAGUGCCAAAAGCAGCGAGCUGAAUCGGAAGUUAAGAAGUUAACGAUUAUUUUCCAUGGUUCUUAAGCAUUAAGAAACGAGAAAAAAUUCCCAUACCAACCACUGUAUCGUGUUUACAGGUACUGGGCCAACGUGAACGUAUUGUAGCCAAGUAUACGUUGCGGAGGACUACGGGCAGUAUAACACAUAAAACGGGCGCAUAAACGAGAUGCUAUCGGAGUUGGAGGAGGUUCCGCGUAAUCUAUCCAAUUAUCGUUCGAUCAGAGCUGUAUCCGUGAUUGUUGGGACCCCCAGCCACCGAGAGAAACUUGACUGCGAUGAAGAGCAUAAGGGAUGUCUGUACAGAAGGUUCCUAUCCAAUGCUCUAUUACAAACCGAAUAAUAUGGAGAAAAGCAAAGCAAGCGUUUUAGAGAGAAAAUAAAAAUUACAAUAAAAAUAUUGUAAAAUAACACUAUAAUAAUUACCAGUAACCAAUGCAAUUCUAUCUUUAAAAAGAAUGAAUAAAUCUUCUGGUUCAGCAUAUCCACUUGGUCGCCAUCCAGCUAGUUAUCAACGAUUUAUUAGUUAUCGAGCGUAGAACCACUUGCUUCUUCAUCGAACUCGAUUCACGGUUCGGUUUCGCAGGGUGGGGUCACCGAAGGUUGCGCAACUCGUGGCUAUUGCGCGGCGGUGCUGCCUUCCACACGAUUGCCACUUUAAGUGCGCCAUAAUGGCAGUGGGCUCGCUAAGAAGAACGCGAUCUUAAGAAACGGCUCACGGUGCCUUAGCACAGGGCUCGCCGUCCGUCUCGGUUUCGCUCGCUCUCUCGUAAGGCUAGCCGUCUCGAUCGCUCAGGGCCCCGCGGAUGCGGAUCGCCGUUGGGCCUUUCACUGGGGCCUGCGGGCUACAGGUCGCGACCUCAACGUGGUCCACUCCCUCUUCCCUUCCCGCCCCUUCGUUCUUUCUCCUCCUGUUUCUUUCGACUCCUUCGCCGCUCUCCAUCCUUCUCCUUCUUCCCUCCACCUCCAUCCUGCCUCCUUUUCUUUUUCUCCAAACAUUUUUACCUCCCUUCUCUCUUACCUCUUUGUGCUUUACCUAACCCGGCUCCCUUUGCCUACUCGCUCUUCUCCGUCUUCGCUCCACCGCCGUCUCCUUGCCACUCUCCUCUCGUCCCCGUUGUCCAAGAUACCCCGACUCGUCUAUUCUUAGUCACUCUCGUUAAGCGAACCCAACACGGUGAUCAAUGGGAGUUUCCAACGGCUUAACUUCGUCCGAUAGGAUAGAUGCAUCUCUGGCCGGAUAGAUUUGGGUUAUCGCCGGUCGGGAUGUUCGAUCGAAACGUUGACAACGUGAAAACGGGUUCCUCUCUACCUUCCUUGGGAAUAUAAGAGAAGCGGUCCGCUCGUGAUACCGACGUUUGGUUCGCGACGUUCCCGCGAGAAGAAGCGGCUUGCCCUGAUUUUCGAGUCGAGCGCAUACGUACAUCGGCCGACUCGUGAUCACGAUCUCCGCGAUCGGAAGAGCUUAAUCAUGUCCCGGCAACGUUGUAUAUACGGCGUAUAUACGCGACGAGUGGUAUAACUUGGUGGAGAGAGAAGAAUCGUUUAUUUCAAUGUAUAUAUAUAUAUAUAUAGGAAUCAAUUUUACAGUCGAGUCACUUAAUCCUAACUACGAUUAACCUUACGCUCUACUUCUAUUUAGUAAUCGGAAUUUAAUCGCACGUUCAUCGACCAACGCACAGGAUUACGCGAAUUUCUCGGCUGCCUCGGUUUUAUUUACGCUUCAUCACGGUUGCCUCGUUAGGAGGAACACUCGCGGCUGUAAUUAACUCUCCGCGAACCUUUGGAAUUUAUGCCGAUAUAUGCGAUUUUUGUUAUAGAUUCUGCUACUUCUUUCUAACUGUAUAUACAUCGGAUAGAUCGACGUAUGCCAUAGAUUAUCGUUGAUCCGUUAUCGUUUCGUAACGAGCUUGAAAACGAGAAUGAUCCGUGAUCGUAGCCAGUCUUCAGAAUUUGAAACAUUUGAAACAUUCUUCAGACAAUUGCUAUUAUUAAUUUAAAUUAUAAUCAUACUUCUCUUCAUCGAUCGACUCUUGCGACACUUGUUCCCAGAAAUCUGUAUCGGAAUUAAUUUAGAAAAUUCUCUUUUUCAGAUAAUUAUCCUCAACGCAAUAUCGCAGUCGUGAUAAAUACUUUGGAGAAGAGGUUGCUAUAAUUUCACUCUCAAGUGGACACGUACCUUUCGACCGCAAUUUGUUCAAAUAAUUCGAAAGCAUCGGAUAUAUUAAUUUGACGCGGGUGAAGGGUACCCCGCGGUAAUUUUCAAAUUACAAGUUGGCCGCAGGCGAAGUACAGACCGUGGCCGUUCAGCCACACUGGCCUUUAAGACAUUGUCUAAAUAAUAGUCUAAUGGAUAAGGUAUUCCAGGGCUGGGACCAAGUCGAUGGUGCCGCUUCCAAGAGUUGGCUGCAUUGUGGUUACGCCAGUGUUUUAGAGGUUCUGGAAGUGGGUGCUCGGGCCGUUUUCUCCGGCAAACUGCCUCGUCCCUGGAUCCCCGGCCUGCACUUCAUCGGCCGCUCAACGGUCGUUGCUAACCCGGUUCUUCAAGAUUCAUCCCCGUGUGUCUCGUGCCGACGUGGCCUCGGCUCUUACGGUUCCUGAACGUAUUUACGCGAGGUACUCGAGAGUGAUCAUCCUCGGACGGAAGUCCUUGGAUGGACGACUUCUCUUCGAUGGAAAAAACUGUUCGAAAGGUUAAUCUCAUUACGAGACCCUUGGGAUCGAGACGCGGCCCGGGGAUAGGGAAGAUUUCUCGACACGAGGAAGCUUUGAUGUCGGAAGAAUUGACACUGGUUAUCGCCGGUGAAGCAAAUAAUCAUCUCGACGAUGCUGUUUCGAAAAGAAAACAUAGAACCUAUACCUAUAUAGCGAAGAAGCGCGGUAACGACGAGUGGAAGAUCAUAACAGUUACCUUCCAAGAAUCAAUUGGAUCGCGAUGCUGAACAGUUAUACCAAUGCCAUUCCCUGUCCUAGACAAUCGUGCUUGACAGUUGCAGUACAAGGAUCGGCAAAGAAGCUUUCUCAACCGCGAUCCUUCGCCGAAAGAAAUUCUCUAAUUAAAAAGUCUGAACAAGAAGAGGAACGACUUACGGAGUUCGUUCACCCGUGUAUCUCGAAAUGGACGAAAGUUUCACCUCCGGAGUGGAAGUUGUAUAAAUUGUCCUUGGGAUGAUGUCGCGUCCGUUUUACCGAUAACACUUUUCGUGGGCUCUUACGUAAAGGAUUGUUACACAUCCGGAUUUAUCUAGAUUUACAAAGCAGCAUCGUAAAAUAAAUUGUCAACACGAUUCUUGCUCGAACGUUAUAAUAUCUGUCGCGCGAUGUUGCUCAUUAACUCUGUUAAUUUGUGGCGUAAUCGAAUGAGAAUCUGGGAAUCUUCAUUCCGGAUAAUGUUUCACGUAUAUCAUAGCGCUUACUCUUUUUUACCGCUUAUGAAUGGAUUGAAGAAGAAGAUGAAUUGCGUAAUGAUAUUCUUUUUUUUUUUUCUUAACUCUUCCUUUUAUCCUUUAUUAUUUCGCGAGAGAUUAUCAUACAAUGAGAUUACACGGAUGAACGUCCGCAAAUAUAACGGGUUUAUGACAGUGUCAAGCGGUAAAUAAUACGCUGUUAAUUUGUGGCGGCCAUCUGACGCGGGGCUUAGCGCGUUUACUUACGGUUUCCGGCGAGCAAGAAAUCGCGCCGUCCGAUAAUCAUCUGCAAUGUUAUCUGGCUCACGAUCACGGACCGUGUCCUCAGUCUGAUAUGGCUAAAUUAGUUCUGGGAACGCGAUUACCUGCUACCAUGCAAAUUGAAGUAACGUGGAGCGUUACGCCCCUCUGGUUACGUACGCUUGCGUAUGUAUAUUAUUUACCUGGAUUCUUCUUCUUCCCGGUCGAUGUUAUUUCCUUACAAAUUGAUUCUUAAUUUCUCAACUUCAAGAUUAUUUAAACGAUUAUCGCUCUGGAAAAAAUAUUUAACCGCUUCCUUCUACCAACCCAAUACAAGAUCAAUUAAAAGGUUAAUCGACACGGUAGCACGUGUCUUUUUCCUUGUUGAAGAACAAAGAACGUACGCGGCAAUCAAUAUCGUGACAUUGAUAAACGAAAUCGGAAUUGGAAAGGGGAAAUUAAUCCCGGUAAUCUUUUAAUAAGCUGGUAAUAAGAUAUAUGGUAGCAAGGAUAACGAUCAUCCACCGAUCGUGGAGCGAAAGGAUCCCUCGAAGAUGAACCACCUACGGCUCCCUCCAUCGUGGUAAAGAUACGCAGCAGAACAAAUUGGGGCCCGCCGGGUUGUUUGACAAAUUUCGUCUAGCGCCGCGGGAGAGUGCCUUCUAAUAUCCUCCCCGCUUGAUCCUUCCUCGUUCCCCCGCCAUCUCCUCCUCGUCCCUCCUCCCGCCUUUCCUCCUUCCUUGCCCCCCCUACUCGAGCUUUGGUCCGCAGCCGGCGGCCAUCCUUUAGCAUUCGUUGCACGACCACUUUUCUCCCGCUCUAUGAGCAGAUCCGUGUGUUCCGUUCGAACGUGUGCUGCCCCGUCGUUGUGUAUUGCACGUUAAGAAUCUGCAUGCGCGCACGUAUACGUAUAUACAAAGAUCGAGAGAGGGAGGAGGAGGGGAGGAGGGGAGGCUGGUACCGCGGAGCGUGCAAUGCACACUAGCACGAUAGGUGGUAGGACCCGGAGGAGGAUGAGGCCUUCCUCGGCUCUGAAGAAGGUACCGCUAUCGCCCUCUGACCUCUCGAGGCGAGCGAACGAGGCCUCCUUCCACCGGUAAUUUUUCCUUCGGCCCCCGGCUUCCUGGUGCUACCCAGAUCUAGAUCAUCGAAAAUCGAAGACGAGGGUCUGCCCAGGUUUCGCGGGAAGAGAGAGCCUCGCGCUCUUCACGCUAAGGACGAGCGUUACGUGGAUCGAUCCAACCAACCGGCGAGACUCCCUCGACGAGUUUUGCACGCGAUAUUCCGAUCGCCGGGAGAUCCACAGGGUAGAUAGUCUGCUUCUGUUGUCUCGUAUUCUUUUUUCUUCGAAAUAUCUUGGAAGAGAGUUCUAUUAAGCGGUGGUUGAAAAAGAAAGGAAGAAAUUUAGAAGAAAGGAUCAACAGGAAAUAUUCUCCGAGCCGAUUUUCGCACGAAUUCAAAGGCGUGACGUAAAUCGGGUAUAUCUGUGACACCGAUCACCCGUAACAUUUCAUCGCUAUCUCAUAUCUUCGUGCAUUCAUAGAUGCGAACACGGACGGAUAACGCUUUUGGAAUCGAUCGAACGACGCGUGGAAAGUAAAAUGUCCAUCGGAUUUUAAAUGGGAUGGACAGUGCAGUAUAUGAAUGGAGGGUUUUACCUGGAAAAUCGAACGAUAGAAGAGCGAUUCGAAGAGUUUUCCCCGUGGGAAUGGAACAUUUACGAAGUGGCGUGGAGCAGAAGCACUCGCAUUCCGAGGUAAAUAGCGAGCGAGCCGGCCGGUGCAACAAAAACAUCGGACGUUAGGCGAAUUCGAGAUGAGAAACCGUUCCUUUCGAGAGAGAAUUAUUCAAAUUGCCGAUGAACCCGCCAGUUGGAACACUGUUCCACGCCGAGCACUGUAACAAGUACGUAGAAGCGGCGGGCUGUUCGCGCGCGCGCGGGUACUCGAGAACAACUCGAAACGAGGAGCUCUGCAGGAAAUAAUGUCGUGGGAUUGUUUCGCGCGCUAUCAAGGUUUCACCGGCUCGUUUCGAGGCCACACGUCCCUCUGGAUGUUGAAUAAAUGAACGUGGCUCGGAGGAAACGAUCCUUUGACGGAUCGUAAAUCGGAUAAACGUAUGUGAACAGGUAUUUAAACGGAAACGCUCGUAGAGAACCGAAAUGAAAUAAGGGAAAGUUGCUGAUGAAAUAAUGAAAAAUUUAAAUAAAAUAACUUGUCACUUUUCUUCAACAGUAUAUUAGAGAUAUAUCUAAGAUUAUAGAAACGAAAGAUCGUUAUAGAUCGUUAUAAUUCAUCAAACUUCCAGAAUUGUGGAAAUAUUUCGAAGAAAAAAUUUUUCUUUCUUUCAGAACUAUAAUUAUCGAAAAGUUCAGUGACGUGAAAUUGGUAACGCAAUGUUAUAUUACUCCAAAUAUGAUGAUAUUUAUAAGAUUAUUAAACGUAGAAGAAUUUUCGAAGAACUCGAAGAGAGAGAGAGAGAGAGAGACUCGAGGAUGAUGUUGACUCAUUUUACGUGUACACGGUGAUCGCGGAUCGGCUCGAUGACUAAUCCCGAUCCGGACAAGGGUAACCACUUUCAAGCAAUACCGAAAUAACGGUCAUCGGCGGGAAGGCAAAUUAACCUGGCCGACUUGGAGCGGCCGCUACCGUGGAAAAAAAAUCGGAAAUCACAAUGGUCGAUCCUUAAACGGUCGCGCGGCAUUUAAUUUCACUCGGGCCCUCGCCGUUUUCACCGUAUAAUUCCGAUCGUCGAUACCGACGAGCCGCGAACAAAGAGGGGAUCUCGGAUAAAUAGCAGGCGUGCUCUUCCUUCUCUCGGUUUCCGCCACGAUUUAACGGGAGUUGAUACUGUAACAAGGACAACCGAUUGCGUGUAAUCUCUUUAUUCUGUAUCUACCGUGUGCGUAUAUAUAGGGAGAGAAAUUUAAAUCGAAACGUUGAAGGGACGAACCUAUAAUUAUUCCAAUUUUAUAGAUUUUAUUCAAGAGGUUCGUAUAUUUUGCAACAAUUGCAUCGUGUCUUAUCGAGCCACUUUCCGAAAUCGUGUCUCAUUUAAGAUUACGAGGCGAAAAAGAAAAGAAAGAAAGAUCAUCUUAUGCAAUCUUGAACAAGACUUUAUCAUCCUGUAUUAUCGAAGCGGUUUUAUAAAAUUGGAUUUUUACCUCGAACCAAUUAACUGGCGAAUUUAUAUAUCUUCCGAAUAUUCGAAAUAUAAUCCGAAGCAUCCUUUUCUUAACGCGUAUACAUCGAUAUUAAAAGUAAAUGGCGUUUGAGAAAGCCGUAUCGAUACUCGAAUCCGAAAUAAGAACUCUCCCGUUCUAAAAAGGCGGCAAGGAAAUUAUUAAUAAUAUCGCGCGUAAAACGUAAUUAAAAAGCGAAGAAUAUAUCGUGGAUAACCAAUUUUCGGCUUAACGAGCCUCCUCUCGGGGCUGAACACGAUCAAAUUAGCGUCCAUCCGGUUUAUUUAUUUCCGGAUCCCGUACGCGCGGAUUCCCAGGCGAAGGUGGGGCAAGAAACGGCUACGAGUCUCGCCCGUAAAGCGAUCAUCGCUGUCUUCUCGUCUCCGCCUCGCGAGACGGAGAAGAGGAGAGAAUCUUCAAAAACGGGCACGGCCGCCGAGUGUCAUCGCUGCCAGGUAGAGGAUAAAAUCGGCCAAUCUACGCGAAACCUUCUUCUAUUCCCUUUCUCUCUCUCUUUCGAAAGGUGAACCGAUAAAAGGCGGUUUAUACGAGCGCGUUAAAGAAAAAGGCGAGGGGGGAGGUGAAGAAGAAGGCGAGGAGGAUGGUGAUCCCGAAAACGACGGCGGGCGAAACGAAAACGGGAACGAAAGAGACGGCCGUUCGUUUUAAUCGCUAAUCGCCAAUUACCUGGGGCGUCCCCAAACCCCGCACAAGCAUUUUAACGAGCCGCCGUGUCGCCCGGCCCGGAAUUUUACUCUUCUGGACGCUCGGCUUCCAAGUCGUCCACCGACCAUUUCGGGCCCCGCAACGCUCACCGUAUCUCUUCCCUCAACUUCUCUCCGUUUCCCUCCUCCCUCUAACAUUCGUGCGUGCGUGCGUGCGUGUGUAUGCGCGCGUACCAAUUAGCGCAUACUUGGACGCGCGCGCGCUGUUGGAGCGUGGGUUUUCGGGGGAGAAAUCGCGGAGAAAUCGUUUCCAAGCUUCCCAACAGCUCUUCUCUCCUGGAAUUAUCGGUGUUGGUGGAUGGCUGGAGGUCGUAACGGGGCGCAGACAAUGAGCCCUGCUCGCUAAUAGGAGGCGAUUAGUCACGGGCCGGGUAAGAAUCGAGGUAAAGGUGAGGAGAGAGGCUACCUGAGAUUAUUUAUCCCCCCGGUGUUUGGGAUAAAUGACAUCCCGGGUAGCGGGAUUAUCGCGCGGGGAAAAAAAGGGACGGGGGUUUGAGGGUUUGAGUUUCCUUCGGAUUUUCGUAACGGUUCUGGCACGAUGUUUACGGCGCCUUUAGAUUAAGCGUACACCACUGUGGGAGCUAAGUAAUAACUGGGAAUGAGAAUUAGAGACGCUGCACGGUCGCGUAUAUGUACAGAGGAUGGAGGAUGGUGGCGUGUACGUGACUGUGCCGUGGACGAGAAUUUUUAUCCGGUGGAUCGAUGACGGGAAUAUCUAUAAACACGGAACCGAGAUACAAGGAAGAGAAUCUUUGUGCGGUGUUUGGAUUCCCAUUUGAGGAAUUCGUCAUAACGAAUUAUUAUAACCCGGAUGGAUGGCCGUCGGGAUGGUUACGUGAUGCGCGAAUCCGCGAGGGAAACGGAGAUAAAAUUGAUAAGGUUAAAUUAACUAAAGUUGUCAAUUAUUGCGCAAUUAUCGUGCUCGCGUGAUUCGAUUGUUACACACUCGAUCUGUCACUUUCCAUUAAACCGUAAACCGAACCUCUCUCCAAAAAUUCCCAGUAUCAAAAUUUUUCACAUCAAGUAUUUUUUUUCUUAUUCAAUUAUCCACCACUUCAACCUCACUUUCUCGCCGCCAACCCUCCACAAAUUUCAAUAGUAACUGUCGAACUGCGAUAUUAUUCGAGAUGUCCUGCUUCGGUGGCCGCGACGAGCAGAUCUACAUAAUCGAAAUACUGAUCCACAAGUUGACACUGAGCAAGAGCAAGAUCAAAGAUCUCGGCGAUUUUCCAAUAGCGGUGAAGGUUCAAUUCCUCGAUUUCUCGGUGUUCGAAAUCACGAGGGACGAGUUUUACUCGGUGAAACCGCCGCCACCGACCGAGGACGGCACGUUCUAUUUCAUGGUGGGCAGAAGUUGCCUGUUUAUAAAACAUCCGAAGGAUCUGGUAACGGAAUUGCAAUCGCAGAACAUAAAGGUCGGCGUGUUUCGCGUCGGAGACUCGUACCCGAUGGCCGAGACCGAGAUAACGUUGCCCGGCUGUAUGUGCGACCAAGUGGCGAUGGCCCUAAACGAUCCCCAGAAUCUGCCGAAACCGUUCAUGGUGAAAGGUAGUUUCAAUCUGUUGGACCCCGGCGAGAAUCCGUCGGGAAGUUUGGAAAUGGAAAUGCGACUGUCGUGUUUGGGCCGAUCGAUCAUGACCCACUACGAGCUUCACCCCAAAUACUUCACGUUCAGGAAUAACGGGCAGGAAAGGGAGUUCUGCGUCAGACGACUGCUACCGCCCAGUUAUUAUCCGGAGGGCGAGGCCAAGGAGGUGACAGAGUAUCUGGAGAAAACGACGAUUGACGAGGUGAAGGGGAAGGUGAAGGAGGAAGCGGCGAAGAAAAAGAAGGAAAGGAAGGGGAGGGGGAGGGGGAGGGGACGCGGCAGAUGAU